GUAGAUGCGAGAUAGAGAGAAGGGUUUCCACUGCUCUCCUUCUCCAGGGAGAGCAACGGGGUUUUAUACGAAAGAUAAGUGGACAAUGAGCGAGUUGAUUGCUAUGUGUGUUCAAGAAGAAGAGCGCCUAAAAGUUGAAAAACUGGAUGUUGCUCAUCUCACCAUCACAAACUCAAAGAAAAGGAAAGGCAAUUGUCAAGGAGGAGGAAAAGGUCAUGUUUCUAAGGUCCCAAAAAUAGGUGCAAAUGUGAGCUCCGGUCCAUACUGUAAGUUUUGUUGCUUCAAAGGGCAUUACCGGAGGGAGUGCCCUAAGUUUAAGGCAUGGCUGACUAAGAAAGGGAUUCCAUUCAAUCCGGACAUUGGGAAGAAAGCAAAGAGUGAUUAAGGUGGGCAACCGAGGAGAAUUAGAAGUAGAUGCCAUUGGAACUAUCUCAUUAAUUUUAGAGAGUGGCUUCAUUCUUUAUCUUCAUGAUGCUCUUUAUGUACC